AUGUCAGGGCCAGGUUCUCCGGGCCAGGAGGGCCCCACGUUUGCCCCGCCACAUCUUCCUCCUGGCUGGAUUGCGCAGUGGGAUGCGAACAGCAGGAAGUACUACUACGUCCAACUCUCGACUGGCGUUUCGCAGUGGGACGUCCCGACAGACGCUGCUCCCGUCGGAGGAGGCACCCCGGCCUCUACCAACGAGCACCCUUACGGCGUGCCGGGCCAGCGCCAGCUGAUCACUCAUCCUGAUGGCACCCAGACCGUCAAGCACCCCGAUGGGUCAUUGGAGCCCGUCAUGCCAAACGAGGCUGGCGGCACCAGGGGCAUUGAUAGCGAUGGUCCAGCUGGCGAUAGGGGCCUUGGUACCAUGGCCAUGAACGCAUUGCUUGGCGGCAAACAAGGCGGCAGCGGCGGCAGCCACAACUCGAAUAGCAGCCCCUUUGGCGGCCUCGCGAACCAGGUCAUCAGCGGGCUUACACACAGCAACGGCGGCGGCCACGGGCAGCAACAACAACACCACGGCUCGUCGGCGGCAUCCAGCGGCCUCGGUGGUAAGCUCGUCGGGCAGCUCACGUCGAAUCUCUUCUCCUCGGGCAACAAGCCGUCGCAGCCCCAGAACUACCACAGCGGCCAGGCCUCGCAGGCGCCGCAUAACUCUGGGGGCCUUGCAGGGUCCAUGAUGGGCUCUGUCGCACACAUGUUUGGGGGACAAUCUGGCGCCUCGAACCAAAACUUUGGAUACACGAAUUCCGGCCAAACAGGAACCUACAGUGGCUCUGCGCCACCUGCCACAUACCAACCGCCAGGCGCAUCCUCGCAGCACCAGUCUCCCGCCCAAGGGCACAAUGCCCAGCCCACCCACAACGCCCAAGCCGCGAGCACACCCUCCUCCUACCACGCGCCCCAACAUACCCCGAGCUUUCCUGCACCGCCGAGCCAGUACGAGGGACAACAUGGCUACCAGGGCCAGCAGCAGCAACACACGCCGUAUGGCCAGCACGGCCAAAUACCAGGCCCGCCCGCCGGCGCACCACCUGCGCAAUACGGCCAGUCCCAGUACGGGCAGGCCUACGGCCACCAGCAGGCGCCACCGGCCUACGGGGGCCACCAGCAAGGCGGGUACAAUGGGGUGGCGCCGUCAUUCCCUCCACCUCCGAGUCAAUACCAGUCCCAGGCAGGGUAUGGCGGUCAGGACCGUGGCUUGCCACAUGGGGCGCAUCACUACGGCAGCAAUCCCGCGUACUAG